UUUGGACGAGGAGACGCAUCUUUCAGGCUGUUCGCCAUCACCAAGCUACUCGCGCCUCGGCCUCGUCGACUGUAGAUAAGUCUGGGAGACUCACAGACGACAGCGAAAGGCAAACCGUUCCAGACGCGAUUGCGGUUCUGCAGGAAAUCGAUGCCAAUCUAAUAUCUCCAGAUGACGAAGAUAUGCACGAGGUCAUUGCUGCAUGCAUCGAACAUCAUACUGCGCUUCUUGGAUGAAGUCAAGAGUUGCCAAAAGGACAUUCGUGAGACCUAUCCUCAUCUCACGCUUGUUCUACAGCCUUCCUUUCUGCGUACCUUAUUUUCUCAUCGAACAGUUUUUCACCGUUUUGCCGUUAGUUCUGUUUUACGCUCCACCUCGACAAUAGUCUGUUGGGUGGACGUACUGCUGGCGAAGCUAGCAGACGCAAUCGUCAUGGUCGCUGGCGAUGGGAGCCAAUUAUCAGAUAUACAACAUUCUGAGGAAUGGCACCUGCAACGUGAAGAGGAUAAUCUACGCGCAGCUUCCCAACUGCCAUCGCAAUGGGACUCUGUAAAGCAUUUCAUCACAUCUAAGCAAGUGUCACCAGCAGCGAGACGAUUGGCCCUUCGCUUAACCUUCGGUGUUUGCAUUAUUUUGCCUUCAUUGGGAGAUAAGAAUGACAACAGGAUGACACAAUCCGAGGGCUUUCUAGAAAUCAUACACACAUGCAUACACCAAACGGUUAGGAGCGGGUUUACAGCGAACUAUUCGUCAGAUCCCGUCGUUGAGCUGGAACGAAUCAACUUCUCUAUGCUGGUGUCUCUCUACGCUGCUGCGAAUACAGAGCAGAGGCAGACACAAUUGCUAUCACGUCCGCUUACUCUAGGCUACCUGUUGGACCUCAUACAGGUAGUAAUGCAUCCGGACGGCGCCGUCGUUACUUUCGUCCAUCGUCACGCCUCCCGAUCACUUAGAUGUUGCUCAAACAAUCCUCGUCCGAUGGGGCAGUACCAUUUUGUGGAGUUGGGUGACUUGGGAUGACCCACGGCUAGCUAAUACUGAAGUUAUCGUUUUUCUGACGGCAGUAUGGAUAAAUAAGCUCAACGAACCCCCAGAUAGUCGCGUUGUCGGGGCGUUGUGUCAAUCGUCGUGCACAACGCCGAAUUAUUUUGUAGCGAGUAGCGCGAUAUUGGUAGC